AUCAAAAGUGAAGUUGUGAAAAAGCAGAGGCAUAAAUCUGGAUAAAUAAAGGAGGAGGAUUUUCCGAAACCCUAGAAGAAAAUCGGGCGACAACAGAGCCCCGCCAUGCACAAAAGAAAGAAACGCUAGAUUUUAGAGAGUGUGAAGAAGAAAGAGUGUUACAAUACAGUCCCGAAGAAACGAGAGGUAAUACCUAAUAAUCUAGAAACUGGAACCCAAGUAGAAAGCCCGAACCCCGAACCAACAUGGUGCUCAAUCUGCUGUUCAUAACCACUGUGAUCAAGUCCACCUUCGGUGUGGUGACCACGGGCCUCUGGCUGAUUCCCCUGAUGCUGGCGGCCAUCACCUACUAUCGCUACGAUGCCGUGGAUCCCGAAUCGAGGCCUUUGGACCAACUGAAUCUCUAUCCCGAGUACGAUUUCAUAGUGGUGGGCAGCGGAUCGGCGGGAGCUGUGGUGGCCAAUCGGCUGAGCGAGGUGAGGAAAUGGAAAGUGCUGCUCAUCGAGGCCGGUCCCGAUGAAAACGAGAUCUCGGAUGUGCCAUCGCUGGCCGCCUAUCUGCAGCUGAGCAAACUGGACUGGGCCUACAAGACAGAGCCCUCGACGAAGGCCUGUCUGGGCAUGCAAAAUAAUCGCUGCAAUUGGCCGCGGGGUCGUGUCAUCGGCGGCAGUUCGGUGCUCAACUACAUGCUGUAUGUGCGGGGAAAUCGCAAUGACUACGAUCACUGGGCCUCGCUGGGCAACCCGGGCUGGGAUUACGAUCAUGUUUUAAAAUACUUUAAAAAAUCCGAGGAUAAUCGCAAUCCCUAUCUCGCGAACAACAAGUAUCAUGGUCGUGGUGGACUGCUAACGGUUCAGGAAUCCCCCUGGCAUUCCCCCCUGGUCGCCGCCUUCGUGGAGGCGGGCACUCAGAUGGGCUACGAGAAUCGUGACAUUAAUGGCGCCCAGCAGGCGGGAUUCAUGAUAGCCCAGGGGACCAUAAGACGCGGAUCGCGUUGCUCCACGGCAAAGGCCUUCCUGCGACCCAUACGAACUCGCAAGAAUUUCCACCUCUCGAUGAACUCCCAUGUGACGCGCAUCAUCAUCGAACCCGGCACGAUGAGGGCCCAGGCCGUGGAGUUUGUAAAGCAUGGCAAAGUCUACAGGAUAGCUGCUCGCAGGGAGGUGAUCCUUUCGGCGGGGGCCAUCAACACCCCACAAUUGAUGAUGCUAUCGGGUUUGGGUCCCCGGAAACAUCUCGAAAAGCAUGGCAUUCGAGUGCUACAGGAUCUGCCGGUGGGCGAGAAUAUGCAGGAUCAUGUGGGAAUGGGUGGAUUGACUUUUUUGGUCGACAAACCCGUGGCCAUUGUCCAGGAUCGCUUUAACCCGACGGCCGUGACCUUUCAGUAUGUGCUGCGCGAACGGGGACCCAUGACCACUUUGGGCGGCGUGGAGGGACUGGCCUUUGUGCACACACCCUACUCGAAUCGCAGUCUCGACUGGCCGGACAUUCAGUUCCACAUGGCACCGGCUUCGAUUAAUUCGGAUAAUGGAGCGCGUGUGAAGAAGGUUUUGGGCCUCAAGGAGUCUGUGUACCAAGAGGUCUAUCAUCCGAUUGCCAACAAGGACAGUUGGACGAUAAUGCCGUUGCUUUUGAGACCGCGUUCAAGGGGUUCCGUGAAGCUGCGCUCGGCGAAUCCCUUUCACUAUCCCAUCAUCAAUGCCAACUACUUUGACGAUCCGCUGGAUGCGAAAACCCUGGUGGAGGGAGCCAAGAUAGCGUUGCGAGUUGCAGAGGCGCAGGUCUUCAAGCAAUUCGGCUCGCGAUUGUGGAGGAAACCGCUGCCGAAUUGCAAGCACCACAAGUUCCUGUCCGACGCCUAUUUGGAUUGCCACCUGAGAACGAUUUCGAUGACCAUCUAUCAUCCGUGCGGCACUGCAAAAAUGGGACCCGCCUGGGAUGCCGAGGCGGUGGUGGAUCCUCGCUUGAGAGUCUACGGCGUCCGCGGGCUGAGGGUGAUCGAUGCCAGCAUUAUGCCGACGAUUAGCAGCGGCAACACCAAUGCGCCGGUGAUAAUGAUAGCGGAGAAGGGCGCCGAUCUCAUCAAGGAGGAUUGGCUAACGAAUCCCGAGUACAAGGUGAAGCGACAGGCCCAGAGGCCACGAGAUGCCGAGGCGGCUGGGAGCAGCCUUCAAGGGAGCAUCGUCGCCCUGCCCGCCAGCAAUGUCAGCAGUCCAAGUGACAAUUUCAUCGGUGACAACAUCAGUGACAUCAGCAAUAGCAACAGCAGUCAGAUAAACUCAAGCGACAGCAGCAACUUCACACUCAACUAUGCGGAUAGUUAGGAUAGUUCAGUCCACCAGAGGGGAUUUACAUCCAGAUUUUGUGCUCAGGGCUCCGUUAGCUUUAAACGACGAGAAUCAACACAAAAUGUUUGCCAUUGCUUGAGUAACUCGUUGAGAUGAUGGUAACUCUUCAACAAAAGCCAGAAUGUGAUUGAAAAAAAACACUCUAAAGCUUGGGAAUUCAAAGCUAUCUAUGAGUUUAUCUUAAUCCUGGUAAACCUAAUACGCAAGUCAUUUUGUAAUGCCCUUAAAAAUAUUUACAAAAUUCUACUUUUGAACCAGAAGCUGUACACUUCUGCUUCCACUUCAUGACACCAUUAAAAAC